AUGAGCUCCUUCGAGGGUCAGAUGGCAGAGUAUCCAACCAUCUCCAUAGACCGCUUCGACAGGGAGAACCUGAGGGCCCGUGCCUACUUCCUGUCCCACUGCCACAAAGAUCAUAUGAAAGGAUUAAGAGCCCCUAGCUUGAAAAGAAGGCUGGAAUGCAGCUUGAAGGUUUGCUUAUACUGUUCACCUGUUACUAAAGAGUUGUUGUUAACAAGCCCGAAGUACAGGUUUUGGGAGAAACGAAUUGUAUCAAUUGAAAUUGAAACUCCUACCCAGAUAUCUUUAGUCGAUGAAGCAUCAGGCGAGAAGGAAGAGAUUGUUGUGACUCUUUUACCUGCUGGUCAUUGCCCAGGAUCAGUUAUGUUUUUAUUUCAGGGCAACAAUGGAACUGUCUUGUACACAGGAGACUUCAGAUUGGGUAAAGGAGAAGCUGCCAGAAUGGAGCUUCUGCACUCUGGGGGCAGAGUGAAAGACAUCCAGAGCGUGUACUUAGACACAACUUUCUGCGACCCAAAAUACUAUCAAAUUCCUAGUCGGGAGGAGUGUCUGCGUGGAAUCCUGGAGCUGGUCCGAAGCUGGAUCUCACGGAGCCCCUACCAUGUGGUGUGGCUGAACUGCAAGGCUGCCUAUGGUUACGAGUAUCUCUUCACCAACCUCAGUGAGGAGUUUGGACUCCAGGUUCAUGUGGAUAAACUAGACAUGUUUCGAAACAUGCCUGACAUUCUCCAUCAUCUGACAACAGACCGUGACACCCAGAUCCAUGCGUGUCGACAUCCAAAGGCAGAGGAAUAUUUUCAGUGGAAUAAGUUACCAUGUGGCAUUACUUCCAAAAAUAGAAUUCCACUCCACACAAUCAGCAUUAAGCCAUCUACCAUGUGGUUUGGAGAAAGGACCAGAAAAACCAACAUCAUUGUGAGGACUGGAGAGAGUUCCUACAGAGCCUGCUUUUCUUUUCAUUCCUCCUACAGCGAGAUUAAAGAUUUCUUGAGCUACAUCUGUCCUGUGAAUGUCUAUCCAAAUGUCAUCCCAUUAGGCACAACUAUGGAUAAAGUUAAAGAAAUCUUAAAGCCUUUAUGCCGAUCUUCCCAAAGUACUGAGCCCAAGUAUAAACCACUUGGAAAACUGAAGAGAGCUAGAACAAUCCACCUAGACUCAGAGGAGGAAGAUGACGAUGGUCUCUUUGAUGAUCUUCUGCCGGCACCUUUAAGGCACAAGGUUCCAAGCCAGCAGACUCUUCACCCUGAGGUAUUUCCCACACCUGCUAUAUCUCAAAACCAGCCUGAAAAAUGGAGAGAAAGCACAGGAUGCUUCAAAGCAGAGAGUAUGCCAACGUUCCUUUGGGCAAACUUUAUAGAUUGUGAGGAAUCCAACAGUGAAAGUGAAGAAUCAGAAAUUCCAGGAUCAGCUCAAAGAGACACAGGUCCCGUCCUCCAGCCCCAGCAGAGGGCCAGUGGGGAAGUACCGCAGUGGGAAGUGUUCUUUAAAAGAGAUGCUGAAGGCACAGACGACUGUUUGGAAAACCUCCCAUCUUCCACAGAGGCGGGGGGCUCCCAGUCCCCGAAGCUUUUCAGUGAUUCUGAUGGGGAGUCAACGCACAUUUCUUCCCAGGACUCCUCUCAGUCAACACACAUAUCGGAACAAGGAAGUCAAGGUUGGGACAGCCAAUCGGACACUGUUCUGUUAUCUUCCCAGGACAGAAACAGUGGGGAUGUUACCUCCUUGAACAAAGGGGUCUAUAGGCCAGGAAUCAAAGAGAAUAUUCCUGCCCCUCAGCCAGAACAAAAUGUACUUUGCCUAAAGGACACUUACUCGGAUUUCAAAAGCAGAGAUCAAUAUGUAAACAUAGUUCCUAGUGCUGGAGAAACCACCACUCUAAGCAGUGGGAAACAGAUGCUUCAGGAGAAGAGGCCAUUGACUCUUAGCAGCAGUGCAGAUUCACAAAGCUCCUCUGAUUUUGAAAUUCCUUGCACUCCAGAAGCUGAGCUUCCUAAACAAGAACACUUACAGUAUUUAUAUGAGAAGUUGGCAACAGGGGAGAGUAUAGUAGUUGAAAAAAGAAAAGGCUUAUUUCAUUCUAGAGCAACCACUAAAAAAUCUAUACUAACAGAUACCAGUCAAAAUUAUAAUAGAUAA